AUGCUACGACAAGCCUUUGCAGCCCCUUCCAGAGCGGUUCGGUCGAACCUGAAGUCAAUUGCACAGAGACCAGCCUACCGGUCGCAAUUCAUUUCCUCUCCGUUGUCGGCCAGAGCUAUUCAGCCCGCUCUGUCAAGAAGAUGGUACAGCGCCGAGUCCGACUCAGCUGCUAAAGACACAGAUGCUGCGAAGAAGGAGGGCGAGGCAAAGGCUGAAGAGGUACCGUCAGCAGAGGCCGAGCUAAAGAAGAAACUCGAGAGCAAGGAGAAGGAGGCCCUGGACUGGAAGGACAAGUACCUGCGAUCAGUGGCAGACUUCCGAAACCUCCAGGAGCGAACGAAGCGCGAUAUGAAGAACGCCAAGGACUUCGCCAUUACCAACUUCGCGAAGGACCUGGUUGACAGUGUUGACAACCUCGACCGCGCCCUGGCAACUGUCCCGGAGGACAAGCUUACCGAGGCUGAGAAGUCAGAGCAUCUUCAGGAUCUGGUCAACCUGUACAAGGGCAUCCAGAUGACCGAGAGUAUUCUCCUAUCGACACUCAAGAAGCACGGCCUAGAGCGAUUCGACCCGAUCAACGAGAAAUUCAACCCGAAUGAGCAUGAGGCCACGUUCAUGGCUCCCAUGCCAGACAAGGAGAACAACACUGUCUUCCAUACCCAGCAAAAGGGCUUCAAACUGAACAGCCGUGUUCUACGGGCCGCCAAGGUCGGCGUUACCAAGAACGCCUAA